CGUUCCCGGGACGCUUCCAGGGGAAGCAGGCAGUCGCCACCCUCAGAGCCUCCGUGGGAGAACUUUUCGGCCCCUCACGUGAGCGUGGAGGCCGUCCAUGGGAGGAAUCUGAGGCCCAGACGGAGGAGGGUGCUGGUUCUGGUGACCCAGCAAGGUGAUGGCAGAGACAGGACAGAGUCCAGCCCCCCGUCUCUGUCCAGGGUCCCCCACGUCCCCGGUGGGUCCCCGGGCCCUGAGGACAGCGGCAGCAGCUGCGUCCCUCGGGUUGGCAGGCAGAGUGGGCAGGGGCCCGGAGCUCUGCCCAGGUGCCCGGCCUCCCCUGCCUCUGGCCUCGGCCUCUCUGCAUCUCUCGGUACCGGUUAAGGGCGGUUUGGGCAGCUGCUGGGCUCAAGGGCAGAUGUGAAAGUAGAAUCUUCAACAGAAAUGGUGACAGGCCCGUUCACCUCGUUUCCAAGCCCGGAUCUGGGAGCUGCUGGGGGCUGUGUGCGGGCUCUGCUCCCCCAGGGGCCUGGGCUGCACUCUCUCUGGGGCCUCUCUGGGGGGGUCCUUUGUCCUGUGAGCUGCGGCUCCUCGUGCCUUUCUUGGCCCUUUACAUCAGGCUUCUGUGCAGAGCUGCCCACCAUGCGGUGGGCAGAACCCUAGGCCAAGGUGACAGACCAGAGGUUUGAGCCACGUGACUUGUCCUGAAGGCCCCUCGUAGUCAGGCGCCUGCACCACCGCAGCCUCCCUGGCCCCGAGGACCCCAGUCCCUGGUUGGUGAAGGUUCCCUCGGCUCCCACCCUCAGGGUGGCUCGGUUGCGGUCGCCUGGCCCCGUGGGCCCGUGACACAAGCAGGGGGCCACGAUGGCCUCAGAAGGUCCUUCUUAGUGCUCAGUGUUUGAUGGAGGGUCACGCAGCACCUCAAGCUUCUCGAUAUCGUCUUCCUGUGUGCCGUGGCCAGGCGGGAUCUGUGCUUGGACCAGGCUGUGGUCUUCAUCGAAGACGCCAUCCAGUAUCGCUCCAUCAACCACCGCGUGGACGCCAGGUCCCUGUGGCUGUACCGACGGUACUACUCCAGCAUGAGCCAGUGGAUUCUGAGCCUCACCAUUUUCUUGAUCCUGGCUUUGGCUUUUAUUGAGACCCCCUCCUCGCUCACCAGCACCUCUGAUGUGCGCUACCGCCCGGCCCCCUGGGAGCCGCCCUGCGGCCUGACCCAGGGCGUCGAGGCACUCUGCCUGCUGGUCUUCGCGGCCGACGUCUCCGUGAAGAGCUACCUGGUUGGGUGGGCCCAGUUUCGGAAGAACCCCUGGCUGCGGGCCUACCUCGUGGUGCUGCUCGUGUCUCUCGUGGACUGGAUCGUGUCGCUGAGCCUCGUUUGUCAGGAGCCCGUGCGGGUGCGCCGGCUCCUGCGCCCCUUCUUCCUGAUGCAGAACUCCUCCAUGAUGAAGAAGACGCUCAAGUGCAUCAGGUGGUCGCUGCCAGAGAUGGCCAGCGUUGGGCUGCUGCUGGCCAUCCACCUGUGUCUCUUCACCGUGUUUGGGAUGCUGCUCUUCCCCGGCGAGAAGGACAGGGAGCGACUGGCCCACUUCCGCAGCCUGCCCGAGGCUCUGACCUCCCUCCUGGUGCUGCUGACCACCGCCAACAACCCUGAUGUGAUGAUUCCUGCCUAUUCCAAGAACCGGCUCUACGCCAUCUUCUUCAUAGCCUUCACCCUGAUAGGGAGCUUGUUUUUGAUGAACCUGCUGACGGCCAUCAUCUACAAUCAGUUCCGGGGCUACCUGAUGAAGUCUCUGCAGACCUCACUGUUGCGGAGGCGCCUGGGGAUCCGGGCUGCCUACAAGGUCCUCUCGUCCAUGACGGCAGAGGGAGAAGCCCACCCCGAGGGAGUCGGGGUGAAGCCUCAGGACUUCCUGCAGGUGCUUCAGAAAGUCCAGCUGGGUAGUGACCGCAAACAGGCCAUCACGGAGAAGCUGCAUUCCCGCAGUGGGGACCUGCUGUCAGCCGACGAGUUUCAGAAACUCUUCGAUGAGUUUGACAAAAGGGUGAUUAAAGAGCACCCGCCGCGGCCCGAGUACUGGUCUCCGUUUCUGCAGAGCGCCCAGUUCCUCUUCAGCCACCGCUACUUUGACUACCUGGGCAACCUCAUGGCCCUUGGAAACCUCGUGACCAUCUGUGUGUUCCUGGUGUUGGAUGCAGAUGUGCUGCCCGAGGACCGUGAUGACUUCGUGCUGGGGAUUCUCAACUGCGUCUUCAUCCUGUACUACCUGCUGGAGAUGCUGCUCAAGGUGUUCGCUCUGGGCCUGCAGGGGUACCUGGUCUCCUCCAGCAACGUGUUCGACGGGCUCCUCACCGUCGUGCUGCUGGUUUUGGAGAUCUCAACUCUGGCUGUGUACCGCUUCCCACACCCGGGCUGGAAGCCGGAGGUGCUGGGCCUGCUGUCGCUGUGGGACGUGACCCGGCUGGUGAACAUGCUUGUAGUCUUCCGCUUCCUGCGCGUCAUUCCCAGCAUGGAGCUGAUGGCCGUGGUGGCUAGUACCAUCCUGGACCUGAUCAAAAACAUGCGGGCUUUCGGCGGGAUCCUGGUGGUGGUCUACUACGUCUUUGCCGUCGUCGGCAUCACCCUGUUCCGAGGCGUCAUCAUGGCUCCUGGAAACAGCAGCCUGGCCCCUGACAACGGCUCCGCGCCCUGCGGGAGCUUCGAGCAGCUGGAGUACUGGACCAACAACUUCGACGACUUUGCCGCCGCCCUGGUCACUCUGUGGGACGUGAUGGUCGUGAACAACUGGCAGGUGUUCCUGGACGCCUUCCGGCGCUACGCGGGCCCGUGGUCCAAGAUCUAUUUUGUGCUGUGGUGGCUGGUGUCGUCCGUCAUCUGGGUCAACCUGUUCCUGGCUCUGAUUCUGGAGAACUUCCUUCACAAGUGGGACCGCCGCAGUCACCUGCAGUCCCUCACAGGGGACCUAGAGGCCACCUCUGAGGUGACCGUGGAGCUCUUGUUCAGGGACGUCCUGGAGGAGCCCACGGAGGAGGAACUGAUAGAGAAGCUGAGCCACCACCCGCACCUGCAGCUGUGCAGGUGACGUCCGGGCGCCUUCCUGGCUGGGGCGGCGGCAGGUGAUGGGCCUCUGGAGGGGCGCCGGUCGGGGGAGGAGGCGGCUGCGGCCCAGUGGAGAGGCUUUUCCCUUGGGCAGAACCACCGUGCGCGCCGAGGCUGCGACAGACGCAGGCCCUGCUUUGCAGCCGAGCUGGGCCGCCUCCGCAGCCCCUCGGGCGCUGGCCACACCACUUUCUUUUAUAAGCUGCUUCCCUGAGACUUAUUUUUCUAAAUAUGGAAAGAGGGCGACUCCACAGGGACCUUUGAGACAGUGUGAAAGGGAAAGGCGACGGCCCUCCCCCUGUGCCCUGUGAUUUCCGUGGUGCCUUCACUGCCGGCGGCCUUCAGGGACCAGAGGCCCGCGUGAGGCCCGCACAGGCCAACCGGCAGCUUUCCAGGGCAUUAAGCUUGGGAUCCUGGUUUUACAUGAUAAGAAUCUGGACUUUUUAUUAUUUUAUGGCUCGUGUGAGUGGGAUUGGGUGCGUUUCUUUAUGGGUGAGAAUGCCAAUCAUCUCCAUCAAUAAGUCUUGCACAGAAUGAGGUUGUCAUCCUUAUUCCGACACGACUGUGCUUCUCUGGAACGGGGCCACCAGGUCUCAGCCUGUCAGAAGCCAGUGCUGUGGUUGGACCAGCCCUUGUGGUUCGUACUGUGUUAGCAAGAUGCCUUUCAGCAACCACCGUCAGGAAACUUUGAAAAAAUAAACGUUUAUUACCUACAA